AUGAAGUGGAGCGCGGACGAAGGCGCGUGAGAGUGCAAACUGUGCGUUUUCAAGAUAAUACCAAAGAGAUUUCCACUUCAAUUAAUCUCGAAGCGAUGGACAUGUCUCUCCGUGAGCAAGCACCGGCGAAACUAGCAAAAAAUAAGACGAGAGGACACAUGACGAUUAGAUUUCGCGCAUUCCUGGAAUCGGAUAAAGAACAAAUUGCAAAGAUUCGUGCGAUGUGUGCCAACAAUCUGGCAAGUUUUGAAAUCUCUUAUCAAGCGCUCAGCUCCAAAGUCCCAAUUCUUGCUAUAUGGGUCGCUGAUGCUCCCCGUUCGAUUCUAAGUUGUAGGAUAUUCGAUGAGGUGGCUAAUGAACUUGUGCUUUCCUCUGACCAUUUUCCAAAAUACUGUGCUUAUCCUCCGUGCUACAUCCACCUCUGGAUGACUUUAUAUCCUCGAUUAGGGGAAAUUAAGGACGAGAUCCACGUGCGAGUGCGCGACUUGCCUAUCACCGACACACUGCGUGAUUUGAGACAAACCCAUCUCAACCAGCUCGUGCGAGUCAGUGGCGUGGGGACCUGCUGCGUUGAGCGCUCUACGUUGUCGUGCAUAAUACGUUUCCCAGGUCGUCACACGACGAUCAACGAUAUUCCCACAAUUAAGGAUGGUGAAAUACACCUGUGGCUCCUGUCAAGCAACUUUGGGACCAUUCAAGCAAAGCAACACCGCGGAGGUUGUUAUUAUGUUCCAUUCUAUUCCACAUCCUCCUCGUUGUGGGUUAAGCCAAGCUCCUGCCCCUGCUGUCAGCAAGCUGGACCCUUCACCGUCAAUCAGGAGCAGACUAU